UUCUCCCCUCCUCUUGGUCAGUGGAAGGUGGGCACGUGAGAAAGUUUAGCAGCUGUUUGACCGUGGCUCCUCACCGCGUCACGCAGCGUCUCCUCUCUGAUUGGCUCGCUCUUGUGCAACUGUGCAGUUGUAUAAACUCUGCAGUUUGAAGGAGUUGGCAGAGUCUCUUGCAGGGAGCGCAUCAGUCUCAGUGGGGGGAAAAGUCUGCCGAGAGAGGGGAGGACAAGGCGUCACUAGUUUUUGCAGACUUGUCUUGCAAAGUGAUUUAGAGAUGCAGAGCUGCGCCAAGUCCUGGGGGAUCUUCUUGGCCAAGUCGGUGACUCCAAGCGCACCGUGCAGGCAUCUGAGUGACAAGAGCCGCGUGGUUUGGAAACUUCAGUGCAGGGUCCGAAACAGCGGGGCAUCCCUAACAACAGCAGCCCGGGGUCUGAGGACGUCUGCGGCUGUUUCCUCCAGGCAGAUUGAGAGGAUUUUUCCCAGACAUGAUGAUUUUGCAGAGAGGCACAUCGGUCCAGGUGAGAGGGAGAAGAGAGAAAUGCUGGAUGCUUUGGGACUUGAGACGAUCGACCAGUUGAUCGAAAACACAGUGCCAGCAUCCAUUCGCAUUCAGAAGAGUAUGAAAAUGGAUGAUCCAGUCUGUGAGAAUGAGAUUCUGGAGACCCUGCAGAAGAUCGCAGCACAGAACAAAGUCUGGAGGUCCUACAUUGGGAUGGGAUACUACAACUGCUCUGUACCUCCGCCCAUCCAGCGCAAUCUCUUGGAGAAUUCAGGCUGGGUGACUCAGUACACUCCCUACCAGCCAGAGGUCUCUCAGGGUCGCCUGGAGUCGCUGCUCAACUACCAGACCAUGAUCUGUGACAUCACUGGCUUGCCUGUGGCCAACGCAUCCCUGCUGGACGAGGGAACAGCCGCCGCCGAGGCCAUGCAGCUCUGCCACAGACAAAACAAAAAAAGGAUCUUCUACAUUGACCCACGCUGCCAUCCCCAGACCAUUGCUGUGGUGCAGACCAGAGCCAACUACAUCGGGGUCAAAACUGUGCUGAAGAUGCCUCACGAGAUGGACUUCACUGGGAAGGAUGUGAGUGGUGUGCUCUUCCAGUAUCCAGACACUGAUGGCAAGGUGGAAGACUUCACAGUCCUGGUGGACCGGGCACACAAAGGAGGGGCCCUGGCUUGCUGUGCCACUGAUCUUUUGGCCCUCUGUGUGCUGCGUCCUCCGGGAGAGUUUGGCGUUGACAUUGCACUGGGCAGCGCUCAGAGGUUUGGGGUUCCUCUCUGCUAUGGUGGCCCCCACGCUGCUUUCUUUGCUGUUAAAGACAACCUGGUCCGUAUGAUGCCUGGAAGAAUGGUUGGAGUCACCAGGGAUGCUGCUGGUAAGGAGGUGUAUCGGCUUGCUUUGCAGACCAGAGAGCAGCACAUUCGCAGAGACAAAGCAACCAGCAACAUCUGCACUGCACAGGCUCUGCUAGCCAACAUGGCUGCAAUGUUUGCAUUGUAUCACGGUCCUCAGGGACUCAGACACAUCGCUGAGAGGACUCACAAUGCUGCUUUGAUUCUUGCAGAAGGUCUGAAGAGGGCAGGACACAGGCUGCACAGUGAGAUGUUCUUUGACACUCUGAAGAUCAACUGUAGCGUUGCAGCCAAAGACAUCUUAGAGAGAGCCAAGCAGAGGGAGAUCAAUCUGAGAAUCUACAGCGAGGGAGUGGUGGGUGUCUCUCUGGAUGAGACAGUGACUGAGAGGGACUUGGAUGAUUUGCUCUGGGUCUUCGGCUGUGAAUCUUCAGCUGAGCUGACCGCUGAGAAGAUGGGCGAGCGAGUAAAGGGGAUUAUGGGAAGUCCUUUCAAGAGGACAAGCAAGUACCUCUCACACCAGGUCUUCAACAGUUAUCACUCAGAGACCAACAUCGUGCGGUACAUGAAGCGUCUGGAGAACAAGGACAUCUCCCUGGUGCACAGCAUGAUCCCACUGGGCUCCUGCACGAUGAAGCUCAACAGCUCUUCAGAGCUUAUGCCAAUCACCUGGAAGGAAUUGGCCAACAUCCAUCCCUUUGUGCCUCUGGAUCAGGCUGACGGCUACCAGAAGCUGUUCAGACAGCUGGAGAGAGACCUCUGUGAGGUGACAGGCUAUGACAAUAUCUCCUUUCAGCCAAACAGUGGUGCUCAGGGAGAAUACGCCGGUCUGGCUGCCAUAAAAGCGUACCUGAACUCAAGGGGAGAGAGCGGGAGAAGUGUCUGCCUGAUCCCUAAGUCAGCUCAUGGCACAAAUCCAGCCAGUGCUCAGAUGGCCGGCAUGAAGGUUCAGGUGGUGGAGGUGGACAAAGACGGCAACAUCGACCUGGCACACCUCAAAGCCCUGGUGGAUAAACACAAGGCCAGUCUGGCAGCCAUGAUGAUCACAUACCCUUCCACUUUUGGUGUGUUUGAGGAGCGCAUUGGAGACAUUUGUGCUCUGAUCCAUGAGAACGGUGGCCAGGUGUAUCUGGAUGGUGCUAACAUGAAUGCACAGGUGGGUCUGUGUCGUCCUGGAGAUUAUGGCUCUGAUGUUUCUCAUCUCAACCUGCACAAAACCUUCUGCAUCCCUCAUGGAGGAGGAGGACCCGGCAUGGGGCCGAUAGGAGUUAAAGCUCACCUCUCUCCUUUCCUGCCGAGCCAUCCGGUGGUUCCCAUGUCGGUCAACACCGGCAGCUCGCUGGGAACCAUCAGUGCUGCUCCCUGGGGCUCCAGCGCCAUCCUGCCGAUCUCUUGGGCGUACAUCAAGAUGAUGGGAUCUAAAGGACUGGUUCACGCUACAGAGGUGGCAAUCCUCAAUGCAAACUACAUGGCCAAGCGGCUGGAGAGUCAUUACAAAGUGCUCUUCAGAGGCAGGAAAGGUUUUGUUGCCCACGAGUUCAUCCUGGAUGUGAGGCCAUUCAAGAAGACUGCAAACAUUGAGGCUGUUGAUGUGGCCAAGAGGCUGCAGGACUAUGGUUUCCAUGCUCCCACCAUGUCAUGGCCGGUGGCUGGAACCCUCAUGAUCGAACCAACAGAGUCCGAGGACAAAGCAGAGAUGGACCGGUACUGUGACGCCCUGCUGAGUAUCCGACAGGAGAUCGCUGACAUCGAGGAAGGAAGGAUGGACUCCCGAAUCAACCCGCUUAAGAUGGCUCCUCACUCUCUGGCCUGCAUCUCCUCCUCCACCUGGGACAGACCCUACCCCAGGGAGUAUGCUGCUUUCCCCCUGCCCUUCAUCAGGCCUGAGACAAAAUUCUGGCCAAGUAUCUCCAGAAUUGAUGACAUUUACGGCGACCAGCACCUGGUGUGCACCUGCCCUCCCAUGGAGGCCUACGAGUCUCCGUACGAGGAGAAGAGAGCCUCCUCGUAGACGCUCCCCGUGCUCCAGUCUCAAUGUCUAUCUGAAGACCUCCACAACCUCUCAGACUUAACAUCCAUCAGCUCAGUGUGGGAGCUCAAAACUCUACAAGGGGAAAUAAAGUUAGCUGGGGGAAAUAGUUUGACGUCCUUAUUUACAGUUUGGUAAAACAGAGUGACUUUUUCAUAAAUACUCUAAAAACAAAACUCUUGUGGACCAAAACAUGUCAGUCUUUAUCUAUAUUUAAUCCGAUUUGUUUGAUAAUUUAAAACCUUUCCCAGGUCAUCCCUGUUUUUAAAAUGACUCCCCUGUGUGCUGAAUGACUCCCCUACGUCAAGCCUGCAGCCACACAACAAGUCUGCAGGAACUCUUGACACAAGUGGGUGACUAAGUCUGCGAGGUGGACAUUGGGACCAGGCUUUACAGGGUUUUUCCUCCUUACCGAACUCUUCCAGUGGACCAAAAGGUGCAACUUUUGCUUCUACAGAUUGCAAAAAAAAAAGCACGCUACGUGUAGGACACUGAGGCUGCUCCGUUAACACAGCUAUGAAAUACUGUGCUUAAAGCAGGGUACAGAUAAUUUUUUAGACUCAUAUAAAAAGCUAUCCGUGCCUCAGUUUGUGUUGUGUAAAAUAGCUGCCCUGACUUUCCCUUUUUUCAAAAACCUGACAAGACAUAGGAGGUACUUUACUGUAGGCCUUUUUUAAUAUGAGUCUGUUUUAUGAAAAUGUUUUAAUGUUAUUGUGACAUUUGUUCAACAAGUAGCUGAGAAUAGUCUUACUGUUAAUUUUACAUUAAUUCUUUUCUAAUCCUGUUUUGUCUUUACAAAUGUGACUGUAUUAAAGGUUUUUUGUUGUUGAA